GAUAUUCGAUGGUGGAAAUGCAACGUUAAUCAGUGUUUUUUUCACGAAAGAACUUUUACCGAAUAUUUAUUUCUACUAUUCUAUUAUUUACGAAAGAGAAUGAAAUAUGGUGAUUUUGAAAAUUAUUAUGUCAACGUGAAAUAAGACUGAAAAUGUUAGUAUAUAUGGGUUUCUUUAUAUUAAUUAAAAUAUGUCUCGUACAAUUUGAAAAUAGUUACUGAAUUUAAUAUAUUACUAUUGUAAAUAUUAAGAAACAGACGAUAUACGUGAUAACCAUGGCAGUGCAUAGGCAAGAAAAAGAUAACAACAAGCUUAUAAAUCUAAUCCGACAAAGGGAAAUACAAGAAUCCAUAGCGUAUACGGUCUCUCAAAAAUUGCACGUUACUGAAAAUUUGAUAUUGCGAUUAGGACUAGAAAAAGAAUUGAAUGGUCAUUCGGGUUGUGUUAAUUGUUUGGAAUGGGAUGAAACUGGAAAGAUACUAGCUUCUGCCUCGGAUGAUACAAAUAUUAUAUUAUGGGAUCCAUUUCGUUAUGAAAAAAAAGUAGUUAUUCAGACAGGACACCGUGGAAAUAUAUUUUCUGCAAAGUUCAUGCCAAAGACAAAUAAUAAUGUAUUGGUAUCAGGGGCAGCGGAUUGUAAAGUACGAGUGCACGAUCUUAGUCUAACAGAACCCAUCCUUGCAUGCAAUUGUCAUCUAGGACGUGUUAAACGUAUUGCUACGAUAGGAAGUAUACCUUCAUUAUUUUGGAGUGUGGCUGAGGAUGGUUUGGUCUUACAGUACGAUAUACGUGCACCACAUACGUGUGAAUAUAAUGAGCCUAACGUACUUAUAAACUUGGUCAAUCAUAUGGGAAAAUUUGCGGAAGGAAAAUGUAUCUCCAUAAAUCCUAAGAGACCAGAAUUGGUAGCUGUCGGAGCUAAUGACGCUUACAUAAGGAUGUAUGAUCGUAGAAUGAUCAAACUUUCUCAGCUACCUAUCGUUGACUGGGGCAGGAGACAUUUUGACUUCAUUCGAGCUGGUGCAGGUGAUCCGGAGGAUAAUGUACCAUUGGGUUGCGCACAGUAUUUUAUCGCGGGCCACCUGCACUCACGUCCGCGUGAUGGUAACAGAAGUCUUACAGCAACAUAUUUGACCUUUAGUGCCGAUGGGAAUGAAUUGCUAGUUAAUAUGGGCGGAGAGCAGAUUUAUUUAUACGAUAUCAACAAUUCGAAAAAUUCGAAAAUAUUUCAAAGUUACAAUGUUAAAAAUAUUUCAGAGACUAAUGAAAAAGAUUCCAAAUCAAAAAAUGGUUGUAUAGAAGGCUAUGAUGUUAAUCUUUCUAGUAAAAAUAUUAGAACUCUGCCUCAUCAUGUCGAAGAUUUAAAGCGUCAGGCUAACGAAGGCUUUGAACAACAAAAAUAUACUAUAGCAAUCAAUUUAUAUAAUAAAGCAAUUAGUUACUGCCCCACAGCAGCUGUACUUUUUGCUAAUCGAGCUGCAGCAUUUAUGAAACGUGCUUGGGAUGGCGAUACCUAUGCCGCUUUACGCGACUGUCGGACAACUUUGCUUUUUGACCCGCAACAUGUGAAGGCACACUUUAGGUUAGCACGAUGUUUGUUCGAUCUUAAUAGAUCGGUAGAAGCUGAAAAAGUUAUUAAAAAUUUCCUAUACAAAUUUCCUGAAUACGCAUCCAAUUCUGCAUGUAGAGCUUUAAAAAUGGAUAUUAAGGCAGCUAUUGAUUCUGGCAGAGACGUUGAUAGUUUUGAACAAGAACUUCCACGUAUCUCAGGCUAUGAGAAAGAAUGGAGAAGCAAUACUAUAGAUUAUAACAUGAGAUUUUGUGGUCAUUGUAACACUACAACCGACAUAAAAGAAGCCAAUUUUUUUGGAAACAAUGGACAGUAUAUAGUAGCCGGAUCAGACGAUGGUUCCUUUUUCAUUUGGGAUCGAAAUACAACAAAUAUUGUACGCGUAUUAAGAGGUGACGAUCGAAUUGUUAAUUGCCUUCAGCCACAUCCAUCGACGUGUCUAUUGGCAACAAGCGGUAUAGAUCCAGUUAUCAGAUUGUGGAGUCCGCUUCCAGAAGAUGGCAGUAUCAAUGACAGGGAAAUAAAAAAUUUAGAAGAUGCCGCAUUAGCAAAUCAAAUACGUAUGAAUAGAGAUCCAUUUGAAUUAAUGCUCAUUAAUAUGGGUUAUAGAUUACCAAUCGGACAACCCGAAGAGAAUGAAGCUAAUGAAGAAAUUGAUGAUCAAAAUGAUCAACCAAUUGUUCAUCCUUUAAAUUGUAGACCAAGUUAAGCCUUUGAAAAAAAGAAAAAAAAGAAAUAA